UCCGGUUAGAGGCCAUUUGCUGUCACCUGAUUGCAUUGCAGCCGCUUGCAGCGUCCUGCAAGCGAAGAAGUGUGACAUUUAUUCGGCACUUCGGGUCGCUUGGAGGCGAGCUCGGACUUGUAGAAAAAAGCACACUUCUACACUCUUGCGUCGAGCCGCCCAACCAUUAGCGCCCGCGAAAUCGGCGAUAUGUUCAGCUGGUCCACAGCGGCGUUCGACAAGCUGUUGGACAAGGCGACUAGCCAUCUGCUGUUGGAACCUGACUGGCCUUCUAUCAUCCAGAUCUGCGACUGCAUUCGUCAGGGUGACGUGCAACCUAAGUACGCUGUUAGUGCAAUCAAGAAAAGACUUUACACCCGAAACCCACACGUGACGCUAUUUGCCCUGCAGGUUCUAGAGUCCUGUGUCAAGAACUGUGGGGCUCUCGUUCACAAUGAAAUCGCUACCAAGCCUUUCAUGGAAGAGCUGAGAGAUCUUGUAAAGGCAAACACCAACGAGGCUGUGCGUGACAAGGUGCUGGAGCUGGUUCAGGCCUGGGCCCACGCGUUUCGCAACGAUCCCAACUACAGGGCUGUGCAGGACACGUUGAACCUGAUGAAAAUGGAAGGGUACAAGUUCCCGUACUUGAAAGAGAGCGAUGCCAUGUUCCUGGCUGACCAGGCGCCAGAGUGGGCUGAUGGUGACUGCUGUCAUCGGUGCCGCGUUCAGUUCUCACUUGUCCAGAGAAAGCACCACUGCCGCAACUGUGGCCAGAUCUUCUGCCAGAAGUGUUCCUCGCAAAACGCGCCCAUCCCUCGGUUCGGCAUCGAGAAAGAAGUGCGCGUCUGCGAGGCCUGCUUUGAGAAGCUGUCUGCCGCAAGCAAGAAUCAGCCAGCUAAGGUAUCCCAAAAAGGAAGCGGUUCCGAGCAGUCCUCGCCGAGCCAGACCUCCUCCGCGCCUGCCGGUGGCAAAUCUGAGCAGGAAUUGCAGGAGGAGGAAGAGCUCCAGCUGGCGCUGGCACUCUCCAAGAGUGAAGUGGAAACCAACCAGCGUUCCACUCGGAGGUCAUGGCAACCUCCCAGCACUGGGCAGAAUACGACCACGACCAAUGCGGGAAGCCCUCCUCUGUCUGCUACCGACGCUGGUGACAAAGCUGCAGACAAGACACGGCGCAAGGACCUGGCAGAUGGGGACCCCGAAUUGGCUCGCUAUCUCAACCGUGCUUACUGGGAGCAGCGGCAGCAACAGCAGCAGCAACAGGACACCAACGCCGUUGAUGGGCUGCCGUCGCGACAGAGCCCGAUUCCCAGUGCACCAACCUCUGCGGGAUCACCGUACACUGUUCCACCUAAGAAUGCAGAGAAAGUGGACGGCAUUAUUGGUGAGGCAGACUCCCAGCUCGAAGAGUUUGUCGCCCAGCUGCGCUCGACGCUGGAGGUGUUCGUCAACCGGCUGCAGAGCAACGCGGCACGCGGAAGGCACGUGGCCAACGACUCCUACGUGCAGAGCCUGUUCAUGAGCGUCAGCAACAUGCACUCGCAGCUGCUGCACCACCUUCAGCAGCAGGAGGAUUUCCGCGAGUACUAUGAAGGCCUGCAGGACAAGCUGGCCCAGAUCAGAGACGCCCGUGCGGCCCUCGAUGCGCUGAGGGACGAGCAUCGCGAUCAACUGCGCCGGGAGGCAGAUGAAGCGGAGAGGCAGCGGCAGAUCCAGAUGGCCCAAAAGCUGCACAUCAUGAGGCAGAAGAAACAAGAGUACCUGCAGUACCAGCAUCAACUUGCGCUCCAGCGGAUGCAAGAGCAGGAACGGGAGCUGCAGAUGCGGCACGAGCUGCAGAAACAGUACCACCACAGCGGUGCCGGAUUCCCGAACCAGCCGCCCGGAUUACCACCACCACCACAGGGCAUGCCACCGCACUCAAUGCCUCCACAGCAGCCUCCACCGGUCAACAUGGGGGCACCGCAAGACCACUCCCAGAUGCACCUGCCACCACAACUCCAGGGCGGGCCCAUGCCGCCAGCGCCACCGGGUCAGAUGAUGUCACCGCGAGGCCAUACAAUUCAACAGGGAAUGCCUCCGCAAGGACAUCCCAUUCCACCACAAGGACAACAGCACGUAAUGACGACGCAAGGACACACAAUCAUGCCUCCCCAGGGUCACUCUGUACCACCACCAGGAACGCCCGGGACGGCACCAGGGCAGCACUCGGUUCCACCACAGGGACACCAGAUGCCGCCACCGCAGGGACACCUCUCGAUGCACUCCCUGCCGCCCCACUCGGCACCAAUGCCAAUGCCCUCUCAAAUGCCACCCCAGCAGCAGGCGAGGCCUCCCAUGCACAUGCCCACAAUGCCGCCGGCCUACCGGUCCCCAACGCACCCGGCUGCCGGUGCACCAGGUAUGCCGUACAUGAUGGGGACGGCACCGCCACACGCCACCAUGAUGGUGCAGACCCAGUAUGGCCCCGUGAGCAUGCCCGCUCCCAUGGGGCUCCCCAUGGACUACCAGGCGUACAGCAUGCAGCAGGCGAUGCCGAUGGGCGUGCCCAUGAUGCAAAGCAUGCCGCACCAGGAAAACCCGGCGGCCUCUCCGCCGCAGCACCAUCGGCCGCCGACCAGCAACCCGUCUUUCGAGUCCGCCACGGGCGCACCAGCCGGAGCUCCUCCUGUGCAAGAGGCUGCCCUUAUAAGCUUCGACUGAGCUCUCUCUCUUUCGCUACGGGCCCGGAGUCUUCAACGAACUUGGUUGCUCUCGGUCAAGGUCGUCCUUUCCGUCAUCAGAACACUCGCCUGGCCCGCUUGAAGCCAGUGUACAGUCUUGGCAUUGUAGGAUGACUCUAUCACACGCUCAGCCUCGAGUUCUACCCACCUGAGAACUACCAAUGCUUUUUGUUCUUUGUCCUCUGCGAGGUGAUGCGAACAACUACUGGUCACGCUUUUUGUUUUUGUUGCUUUACUCUUCAGCAAAGUGGGAUGGUCAACUAACUUGGUCAGUGAUUGCACCAGUAGGAGGGGAGGAGGUUAGUGCAGGCAAAAACAAAUUGUCUCGAGGUGACCUUACAGCAGCUUUAUAUCAAAGCGAGGUAACAUGCAUAAACGAAAGACCAAUGUUUUUUAAUGCACUACCACUCGUUAAGACAGCAACCCCAGGACGUUAGUGCAGAGGCACGAAAUGUACGGGCUGCUCAGUUGCGGCGGGCGUGGGAGCGUCGAGGCGGUCCGAAUGCGGCGACUCAACUGACGUUGCUCUCCCGCUGGCACACGUUGCAGCAGGCUUGCCCGAACAGAACGUGCGGUACGUCUGCAGUGACACUUAAUCGGGGCUUUUCAUCAAGGCAGCGUGUUGAGCAGAGAUUUCCAAAAGUUUGUCCCUCGGCUGCAUUGCCAUUUUAGUUUCAGGCAGUCGACUUCAUUUUACAAGCACAUGCAAAGCGUUCGUCGCAUGUUAGUGACGACUGUGUGGGCUUUGCGAGGUGCCACUUUUAAUGCUUAAUACUUUUACGCGACGUCGAUUCCUUUAUUUGCCCUUUUUUUUUUCUUACAGGGGUAAACGAAAGUCAGAAUUGUAGACUUUAUUUAAUACAGUCAUGGUAAUAUUGAACGCAGUAUUGUACAUGCUGUAUAAAAGCUUGUGGGGGGCGGAAUUGCAGCAUUAAAACAGCGUGCACGUACUAUUUUUCAGCAGUCUCUACAAAACCACGGGGGAAGAAAAUCGUACGUCUGAUUAAUUACAUAUAAAAGUAUGGUCAGCCUUUCCAAGAGUGCAGCUUUUGCGAUGACCAAGUUGAGUACUGUAAUGCCCAAUUAUCAUGUUCUUGUCACUCUGAAGCACGGCUGGUCCUUUGUGGUUGUCAUCAUUUUUGUGUUUGUGUCUGAAGAGGCUAUAGUAGGUUUUUGAUGCUUGUGGAAACAUUCUAUACGUACGAAAAAGCAAUUAAGCGGCAUGAUGGCAAUGUUUUGUAAGUAUAGCGUGAGUGUAAACUGGAGCUGCUUUGUUUCCUGUGUACAUUGAUAUGGCUCUCAUAUUAAAGGCUUCUUUCUUUAUGCUAA